ACUUCUGUACAGACAGCUUGGUAAUCUUCUAAGGCAGACGCUCAGUUACCUCUCCCCUCCUGCGACAUCAGUUAGAAACACCAGCUCUAACUCACUGUCCUCUGCUCUAGGAAUAACGCUCUUGUGAGUCAGAUUUGAGUUUUCCAAGGGUAUUGUUCUUCUCUUACCUUCUGGUUCCCUUUUCUUCUAAGGCCCAAGAGAGGGAGGCAUGCUGUGGUCUCCAGCCCUCCUCCUAGCUUUCCUGGCUCUGGCAAGUCAGAAAGCUUCCAGCUUGGACAUGAGAAAGAUAUCAGUCACCAAGCAGAGAGGGACAUCUGUCGUAAUCACUUGUGAUCUUGACCUGAACGUCAACUAUAUCCACUGGUACCGAUACCGAGAGGGGGAGGCCCUGCAACGCCUCCUCUACUACUACAUUCCCACCUCGGCGGUGACGAUGGACUCAGGAUUCAAUUCACGGAAAUACCAUGCUUCUGGAAACACAGCGACAAACUGUAAAGUUGAACUCAAAAAUCUGGAAGAAAGUGAUUCUGGUGUGUAUUACUGUGCCGCCUGGGACUAUGACAGAAAGCUCUUUGGUGGUGGAACAAAACUUAUUGUCACAGAUAAAAGCCUUGAUGCAGAUCUUUCCCCCAAGCCCACAAUUUUUCUUCCUUCAGUUUCUGAAACAAUCGAGCACAAAGCUGGAACAUAUCUUUGUCUUCUUGAGAAAUUUUUCCCUGAUGUUAUUAAAGUAGAUUGGAAAGAAAAGAACAGCAAUAGGAUUCUGGAGUCCCAGCAAGGACAUACGAUAAAGACUGGUGACACUUUCAUGAAAUUCAGCUGGCUGACUGUGACAGAAAAGUCGUGGGAUAAAGACCACCAAUGUGUGGUCAAACAUGAGAACAUUAAAGAAGCUGAUAAAAUGAUUCUUUUUCCUUCGAUAAAGAGAGGCCUGGAGGAUGGUGUGAUAGGUCCUACUCCCAGCCCAGGGGAUGCAGCUGGCUCGGACCCAGUGCAGAGUGGAAAGGGAGCAGACAUUGCACUUACAAAUUCCACAAAAGCUUGUUUGAAAGAUGAAGAUGAUACCCUGCAGCUGCAGCUCACGAACACCUCUGCCUAUUACACCUAUCUCCUCCUCCUUCUCAAGAGUGCCGUCUACUUGGCCAUGGUCGUCUUCUGUCUACUCAGAAGAACAGAAGUCUGUGGUGAUGGAAAGAGUUCAUAGCAGAUGGUGGCACAAAGAAGCCAUCUUUUCUUCAUCUUUUAUUGUUCCUAAAACUUUCUGCUUAGGAUCUAGCUAGAUUUUCUUUCUGAGUUUCGGUUCUUUCAGUUUUCACGUGUACUUUUUUUUUAAUCGUGUUAUUAUUGACAAACUGAAACCACUGGACAAACUAGGAAAAGCUUACUUUGUAACAAAUCAAAAACUGCUACCACUACCCAAGGGCAGGGCCAAGGGGUAAGGGGUCUCUCAUGGACGCCUUUAGCACCAUCUUUUAUUAUAAUCUCCACCACCUUUUCCAAGCCAAGCCAAAUAAACACACUGAGUAUAGGCAGUGUGCCAUUUCUAGUCAUGCCCCUUUACCAGUUACCAGUUGGCGUUGCAUUGAUUCUGACUCAUGGCGACUCCAUCUGUGUCAGAUUAGAACUGUGCUCCACAGGGUUUUCUAUGGCUGAUUUUUCAGAAGUAGAUGACCAGGCCUUUCUACUGAGACAUCGCUGGGGAGACUCAAAUCUCCACCCCUUUGAUAUCUGUGGAGCACUUAACCAUUUGCAUCACCCAGAGACUUCCUGCCAUACCCAGUUAAUGUGUUCCUUAACCAGAUGGCCGCCUUAAAAUCUUCCAUUUUAUACUCCCUGAAGCCACCCUCUUUGCUAUGUGAAUUCUGUCCUUUGUUUUUUACAUAUAGGAACAAUAAAUUUUAAAAAUAUUAGAACUCUGCUUUUUCCGUGCAUACUUUAAUUUGAUAAAAUCUAACUGAAAGUCCAAGGUAGGAAACAGCAUGACACUUCCUUGGAGCCCUGGCUCUGAGAGGAGCCACAGGUAAUGAAGGUGCAAUGUUACUUCUCUUUCAAAGAUUACCAGGUUCAGAUUCAUUUGGUUUGGCACAUUACAGCAGCAAUAACACAAUGCCUAACAUGACUUGGACUGUGCCGAGCUCUAUAUGAGUGUUUCAGAAGCAUUGUCUUUGCCGAUCUUCACAAUAAGCCCAUGAGAGCAGCACUAACACCAGAGAAGCAGUGUGGUGAAGUGGUUAAGUGCCUGGACUCUGGACCUGGAGUGCCUGGAUUUGAAUCCUGGAUCUGGUAUUUAGUAUCUGUGUGACUUCAGGCAAGUUACUUACACUCUCUGUGCCAUAGUCUCCUCAUCUGUAAAAGUUACAGUGCCCUAUCUCCCAGAGUUGUUGUGUGGGAUAGAAGAUUGCUUGGUACAUGCAAGGCCUCAACAGCAUUAGCAUCUUCUGGCAUCUUCUGCUGGUCAAUCUACUUUAGAAAUAGUAGAUACCACAAAAACAAGCACUGACAAUUACCUCUAUCUUAUUUCUGUGUUGAGAGGCCAGAUGUGGAAGGAGCAGGGACUCAUAGAGUUCCUACUAUGCACCAGGCAACUUUAGAUACACAAUCUCACUAAUACUCCAAGAGCCUUGGAGGUAGAUACUGUUGUAGUCCACAGUUUCUACAAUACAGAGGUUCACUUACCUGCCCAAGGUCACUAUUUAGUAAGUAAUAAUCACGAUUUGAAGUCAGGUUUCUCUGAACCCAUAGCCUGUACUUUUCAUAGAGUAUCAUAUGGCUUUCCCUUUACUCAUUUUCAACUGGAAAAAACAAACUGGCAAUGCUUCUUCACUAAAGUCAUCCUCCACUAAAGUCUCCUCAACAUUCAUGUCUCUAGUGCUGAUCACGUUAGAGACGUACUUAGUUGGAAAUGAGAGAAAUCCAGGACAGCAGCCUCAGAAGACACAUGCAGCCACUAGAACCAGCUUUGUCCUAUCCUUUCUCUUCUGGACAAUCCAAGCCAGUCUGAACACAUCCUGCCACCUCGGUACAUGACAGAGCAGAAAAUUAGUUUCAGGAACAACCACUGUCCAGGGCUAAAGGAGCACUUAUACACACUGAAAGAUUUCAGAGAAAACCAUAUGGAAAUCAGGAAAGGAAAUGGAGAAGCUUGGUUAAGGAAAGGACAGAGGAAAAGGGAAGCUCUCAAAAUGUAACCAGUUUCGUCAAGUCAAUUCUGACUCAUGGCAACCCCGUGUGUGUCAGAGGGAGCCGUGCUCCAUAGGGUUUUCAAUGGCUGAUUUUUCAGAAGAAGAUCACCAGGUCUUUUUUCGGAAGCACCUCUGGGUGGACUACAACCUCCAACCUUCCAGUUAGCAACCAAGCUUGUUAACUGAUUUCACCACCCAGGGACUCCUCUUGAGAUAUAAGAAAAUGAAAAACUGACAAUAUUUCACUGGUGUCCCUUGACUAGCCGACGUUGCUACUUCAAAAUGGUCAUCAACCCAAACCCAUUGCUGUUGAGUCAAUUCUGACUAAUAGAGACCCUAUAGGACAGAGUAGAACUGCCCCAUAGGGUUUCCAAGGAGCAGCUGGUGGUUUUGAACUGCCAACCUUUUGGUUAGAUGCCGAGCUCUUAACCAGUAUACCGCCAGGGCUACCAAAAUGGUCACCAGAGUAUUUAUAUAAUGAAAAUUCAGUGGAAAACUGAAAUGGUGGAUAGAAGGUGAAAUUUAAAAAGUGAUAGUAAUACUUCUGUUAAGGGUGAGGGAAAACUUUGGGAACAGAUAAGAGUGAUGGGGGAGCAACCUGAUGAACAUAAUUAUUUGUCACGGAACUUUAUAUGUGAAGAUUGAGGAAAUGGCAGAUGUUUUGUUACAUAUAUAUUUACCACAAUAAAAAAAGAAAAACAUUUUAAAAUGGUGUAAUCGUAAUAGUAUCCAAUACUUUUAGAAAAUUUACUCUGUCAGUAACUGUACUAGAUACAUUUAAUUAUUUAAUCUGUAAAGGCUUUUGAGGUAGGCAUUAUUAUUGCAUCCAUUUUCAAAUGAGGAAAUCGAGGCAUGAAAUGAUUAAGAAAUUUUCAAAGGGUCAGGCAGAUGCUAAGUGAAAGACCUGGACAGUUAACAGCUGCAGACACUAAUAAAUGCUUUAGUCACAUGGGAAGUUGCUCAGAAUAUGAGGUGAACAGAAAGAAGAAUAAAAAACCUUAUACAUAUUGAAUGCUUAACUUCUAAGUGUAUUUAUGUUGCAUAAAAUCAUAUUAAUUUCCAUGUAUCCUCAAAGGAAGAAAAUCUAGAAGUAAAUGCACCGUAAUGAUAGUUGUUGUUGGUCUUGGUGAUAAGGCCAUGGAUGUUUUCAUUUUUGUCUUCAAUCUGUUUCUCUGAAUUCCUUCAGUGACCAUCCUUACCAGCAUGUCUACUCAUCAGCUGUGUGAUUUUCAUUGAGUCGGUUAACUCCUCUGUGCUUGAUUUCCUUCAUCUAUAGAGUAAAAACUGCAAACAUCCAUAUAUUGCAAUUGUGAAGAUUAAAAAGAUGAAAACAUUAAGAAAAGCCUCCCCCCCAAAAAAGUCUAGCACAUUGGAAAUGCUCAUUAAAUAUUUUCUAUUAUAAACAUUAAUAUUUACUAAACAUGCAUAUUGAAAAAUAUUAUGUUGAGGGAAAAGACAGUUGCCAUUGAGUCAACUCUCACUCGUGGUGACCCCAAGUGUGUCAGAGUAGAACUGUGCUUCACAGGGUUUUCAAUGGUUGAUUUUUCAGAAGUGGAUUGCCAGUCCUUUCUUCUAAAGCAUCUGUGGGUGAAGUUGAACCUCCAACCUUUGUUUAGCAGCCAAGCACGUUAACAGUUUGCACCACUCAGGGACUCCAUGUUGAGGAAAAUUGUUCAUAAAAUAGCUCAUAGGCAAGGAGAAAUCAUUGCCGUUUCACAGCAGGAAUUAAGGCACCUCCAAGGGUCCCUCACUUUUGUGCCAAGAAACCCUACUGAGGCCACCACUCUCUCUCAAAAUCUGCAGGAUAAGCAUAAAGCUCACAGGAAACAGCAAAACCAGACAGCGUUAAAAUGUCCAGCCCACCACUUCCUUCCCUCCCCUCAAUUCUGACCACGCCUUCCUGCCAUGAACUGAGGUGUCCAGCCAACAUGCCCCCACCCUUUGGCCUUCUUCUUGAGGACACCGUCUGGCAUACAGGAUGUCGCUGCUGGGAGCACUGACCUUCUUCUGCCUUUGGGUUGGUGAGUCCUUCCCUGACUCUCCCAGUCCAGAUAAGUUACCCAAGUAGCCCUUUAAUGUUCCCUUCUGACAUUCUUGAAGCUCAUUGGAAAUUCUCUUCUUUUUCUUGAAGUCGGACUUGGAGUAUUAAAAGUGGAGCAGUCCCAAAUAUCCAUUUCUACAGUAGUAAAGAAAAGUGUUGACAUAUAUUGCAGUGUAUCGAGCACAGAUUUUGAAAAUGAAGUCGUUCACUGGUACCAGCUGAAACCGAAUCAGGCUUUGGAGCACCUGCUAUAUAUCACCUCAACAAAAAACCCAACUCGAAGUUGCUUAGGGGAGAAGAACAACAAAGUUGAGGCAAGAAAAGUUUCUCACUCUUCCACUUCAAUCUUUACCAUACAUUUUAUAGAAGAAGAAGAUGUGGCCAUUCGCUAUCAUACAGGAUGGUACCCACAGUACUAGAAGUGCCAAGACAGCCUACACUAGAUCUCCUCCUUAGGUGUGCCCAACUUAUCCUCCCCAACAGUGGCAACCACAACUAGCCCCCAAGCUGGGCUCCCAGCCUCAGCCUCAUUUUCUCUGCAGCACUUCCUGAGUGUUCCAGAGAGCCGUCUUGGGUUAUGCUCAUUCAUUAGCCUCUGACACCAGAAAUUGUGCUUAAAAACCAUUAUUUAAUAUCAUUCCUUAAUGAAUUAAGGUCCUGUCCUAGGGAAGGCUGUGUCACUAUCAUAUCAUCAUCCAGAGACUUCCAGUAUGUGGGCAAGGUUCAAGCUGAGGGAAAGAAUCAUAGUGUGUCAGGAAUCUUAGAUAUAUUAUACAUAGUCACGUAUAAUCAAGACUACCCCUGCACAUAUUGGCCUAUAUUGGUCUAUUUUACAGAAAAAAAAAUUAAUAUUUAGUCUUUGGCCAAUGAUAAGAAAUUCAUGUUUUUUGAACCAGUGAGGCCACCCUGAAAAGUUUAAGGGUCGUAAUACUUUAAGUGAAUCUGGUUACCACCCAUCUGUCAGUUUGUUGUCCUUUUGUGGCUUCUGUGUUGCUAUGCCACUGGUAUUUCAAAUGCCAUAAGGGUCACCCAUGGUGGACAGGUUUCAGUGGAGUUUCCAGACAAAGACAGACUAAGAACAGAGGCCUAAAAGUCUACUUUUAAAAAUUACCCAGUGAAAACCCUAUAGAUCACAACAGGAUGUUGUCUGAUAUAACGCUGGAAGAUGAGCCCUCUAAGUUGGAAAGCUCUCAAAAUACACAGUAGCUGUAACAAAGGACUCCAACAUACCAAUGACAGUGAAGAUGGUACAGGAACAGGUUUACCAUGAGAUGGAGUUAACUCAAUGGCAACUAACAGAAGCAAAUGACACCUGGAGGUAAAUUUGGAUGGAGCAAGUGCCCUUCCUCUAGAAGUUAUAGUGGGGAGGAUGGUUCUGCCAACAUGAUAUCAUCAGAACACAGCUUUGAGUUUUGGGGGCUGUUAGAUGAGGAUACGAUGUUGGGAUAACUUUUGUUUUUGACUAUGAAAGAAGAGAGAGAUUGGGCCAAGACAAAAAAAGCUAACAGUUGUGUGUGUGUGUGUAUGUGCACGUCCGCACAGUGUGCAUGAGUUCUCUAUUAUUAUUCUCAUUCUUUACGUAUUUUAACUCCUUUAACUCUGACAGCAAUCUGUGAGAUGUUUUCAUUAUCAUUAUGAUCAUCAAGCGUAUUUGACCCAUGAGGUAAAUGAGAACCUAAGUGACUUAGUCACUUUUCCAAGUCACACAGCUGGUACUUGGUAAGGCAGGGUAGAAACCCAGGUAAACUAUCUCCAGAGUCUGUCCUUCUAGUCACAGGAGGCUAAAGAGGAGUGCCAUGUAUUGUUCUUUCUGAUAUUUCAUCAAGCAAUUGCAGUCUAUUCUGUUUUUGGAGGACAACUGGAUUAUAGAUGAAAUUUAAUUUCUCUGACUCAUAACCUACAUGCUUACAAAAAUUUAAUUUAAAAAAUCAAAAUCCUCCAUUGUCUCUGCAGAGGGCUUUUUAAAAUGAGGUAUGAAUAAUAGCAAUGAAAAAUUUCAGUUUGCUUUUUUUCAAAUUUUAACAUACUGUCCAGGGUUCAUAAUCCUGAGUAUUGAAUCCAAAACAAGCCAACAGGAGAAUCAAUGUUUGUGCUGAAUACAACAGGUGCACUUCACACUUCUGGAACAGUGUUUGUGUCAUGUGAAAAUUAAGGUGGGAAUUAAACCAAAAAAGAACUGUCCCUGCCCCUGUGUCAGACACACCUUCAUACCAGGGACUCCUAUGUGUGUCAUGAGCCCUUUUACCCAAUCAGCUCAGCACUCAUGGGCAUCAGAAACCCCAGAACUGCUCCUCAGGUUUGCAGAAGAUCAUGAAGAUCAUCAGAGGACCACCUGACCCACCACUUCCUUCUUUCACACCAAGUCACACCACGUCCUCCCUGCCACUGACCUGGGCCUUCACGUCCCUGCCUUCUCCUGGGUGACAUGGUCAGGCAGGCAGAAGGAUGUCACCGAUGAGGACAUUCAUCUUCUCCCUCUAGGCUUGUGAUUUGCUCCUAGGUUAAUUCAGCAUAGAUGAGAGAUGAAAGAUAUUCUUUAUCUUUUCUUCUUUAUACCUCAGGGGUUCACAGGAAUUUCCCAUUUGUGUUUGCAGUUGGACUUUUGGGCAGUUAAAGAUGGAGCAACCCAAAAUGUCAAUUUCCAGUGCAAGAGAUAGGAGUAUGCACAUACUCUGUAAAGUGUCCACUGAAAAUUUCGUAAAUAAAGUUACAUACUGGUACCGACAGAAACCAAAUCAAAUUAUAGACUUCUGACAUAUAUCCUCUCAAACAAAAGCCCACCCUUAGGUGAGAAGAAGAACAAUUGGUGGCAAAAAAAGAUAUUCAAAUGUCUUCUUCCAUCUUGACAAUAAAAUUCAUAGAAAAAGAGGAUGAGGCCAUUUGCUACUAUGCUGCCUUAGGACCCACAACAUUAAAGGUGCUGGAAGGUCUUACACAACAACCUCUCUUGGGUCUCUGCUCUCCCACAUCUUUCCCAACAGGAGCAAACUCAACUAGUUCCCAGCUGGGCUCCCAGCCUCAGCCUUGCCUUCUCAGAAGCACUUCUGAAGCUUUCCAGGAAGCCAUCUUGUGUUAUGCUCACACAGACAGCCCCAUUU